AUGUGCACCUCUCUGGGCAAACCACCCAGCCCAGAGCUGGCAUCACCCGGCAGUUUGGCCAUGAAGGAGCAGCAGCUCACGGUGGCCCUUCGCAUCCGUCCCCUCAACCAGGCAGAAGCUGAGGAGGGAGCUGCUCUCGUUGCUCACAGUGUGGAUGCCCAGAGGGUGGUCCUGAGGGACCCAAGCGAAGAUCCCGAUGACAUCCUGCGAGCGAGCAGAUCCCGAGAAAGGGCAUUUGUGUUUGACAUGGUUUUUGAUCACAGAGCAACCCAGGAGGAAGUGUAUGUGUCCACCACCAAGAGCCUGAUAGGAGGAGUCAUUUCUGGCUACAAUGCAACCAUUUUUGCAUAUGGUCCAACAGGCACAGGAAAAACCUACACGAUGCUGGGGACAGACUGUGAACCGGGGAUUUAUAUCCGCUCUCUUGAGGACCUCUUCAAGGCCCUUGAAGCUACCUCUGAGGAGAUGGAUUACACGGUCUCCAUGUCCUACCUGGAGAUCUAUAACGAAGUGAUCCGUGACCUCCUGAACCCAUCCUCGGGCUUCUUAGACCUGAGAGAGGACUCCAGAGGCAGCAUCCAGAUAGCAGGAAUUACAGAAGUCUCUACCACAAAUGCUCAGGAGAUCAUGCAGCUGUUGACAAAAGGAAACAAGCAGCGCACGCAGGAGCCCACUGCUGCCAACAGGACCUCCUCCCGCUCGCACGCCGUGCUGCAGGUGACAGUGACGCAGAAAAGCCGCAGGAAGGCAACGGGCGAGGAAAUGAGGGUUGGAAAGCUCUUCAUGGUCGACUUGGCGGGGUCUGAGAGAGCAGCCCAGACGCAGAACCGGGGCAAGAGGAUGAAGGAAGGAGCCCACAUCAACCGCUCGCUGCUGGCUCUGGGCAACUGCAUCAACGCCUUGAGCGAGAAGGGGGGGAGCCGGGCCCAGUUUGUUAAUUUUCGGGACAGCAAACUCACACGCCUGCUGAAGGACUCGUUAGGUGGCAACAGCAGGACUGUUAUGAUUGCACAUAUCAGCCCAGCCAGCACCUCCUUUGAAGAAUCUCGAAUGACCUUGAUCUAUGCCUACCGAGCAAAAAACAUCAAGACACAGGUGAAAUGUAACCUGAGGAACGUUGACCAAUACACCAGCAUCAUCGCGGACCUCCGCAGGGAGAUCGAGCGUCUGAAGGAGAGGGUGAAAAACCAGGAGAAAGAGAAAAGUACAGCCAGUGCUGACCUCAGGGAUCUGCAAGCAGAGAAGCACCAAGGCUCAGAGGUGCACAGUCCUCAGGUGAUGAACACCUUGAGGGCACAGCUGAUGAAGGCUUUCAGGGAGCAAAUGGAGAUGCGUCGCAGCCUGAUGGAGCUGGAGAACACCAACAUUGAGCUGCACGUCGAUACCUGCAGGCACCUCCUAACCAUUGCAGACUGGGAACGAGAGAAGGCUCAGGGUGCACACAAGGACGACAAGCCAGCAACAGAGGAGAAAGGUGGAAAUACAGAGGAGGAAGACAGGGAUGUGGACACCAUGGAGUCACCUGAACCUCACGAAGUGACGGCAGCAAGAGAAGAGAUCAACCUGCUGCUGGCAGAGCAACGCAGGACGGCGGCCCUGAAGACAGAGCUGGAGCAGCACUUAGCAAAUGCCAAGGAAAAAGCUUCCCAGAUGGAGGAGUUUUUCCCCAGACAAAUCACCAGCGAGGAUCAGCAGGAGGUGCUGAGGCUCCUCUGCAGAGCCCACGAGCUUGAGCUUGGCAACACGGAGCUGCAGGCAAAUACACAGUACAAGGAGAAUCUCUUGUGCCAGAAGGAUUUUGUGAUCCAGCAACUGCAGCAGCACACGCUGCUCUGUGAAGAAAUUAUUCAUCAGCAGCAGAUGCUGAUAAAAGCCCAGAACAUUCCUGUCCCAGAGACACUGGUGAGGUUACACCACCUGCACCUCUCGGAGCUGGAGGAGGGGACGCUGAACCGCCUGCUCCUGCUGCACUCGGUGAUGUCCAUCAUGCUCAGGCAGAAACCUCCAGGUGUUGCUGCAGGAAAGAUGACUCCCAAGCUGCGUUCCCCCACCUCUCUGGACUUGUGUGGGAAGAAGUCACCUGCAGACAUUGCUGCUCUUCCAAUGAGCCUGGAGACCUUGAAGGAAAUCGCUGCCAACACCAAAAGCAUCUCCCUCAUUGCGGCCAGUCGCCGUUCCAGAGUCCAACAGAGGGACCUUGGGAGUGAUGUCUCCUCAGCCCACUCCUCUGAGGAGGAUACGCUUGAGCUGAAGUAUCUGGAGGCCAGUUCCACCCCAGACUGUCAGAGAAGAGACAGUGCGAGUAGGGGGAGUUUGCUGUCGGAUCCCGCAGCUGGCAGCCAGCUGUGCUCCCCAGCCAGGGGAAUGCUGAAGAACAGGAGGGACCAGGAGAUGCCUGCUGAGAGGACAGCCAGGAAGAAAAGAUCUCGCUCUCUUGAACCAAACUUCCACAGGACCUCAAAAGCUACUCACUGGACUCCCUCAAGCCCCAGUACAGACAAAGCUGGUGAGAACCACCUGUGCCAAGACAGACUCUUCCAUCAGUCAAAAGCCACGAGCAGCAUAUCCACUGCCCCAAAGAUCAAAGUUCCUGUCGACCACCGUUCAGAGGGGAUUCCAGGAGAGGUGCUGCCGAAAGACCAUGCUCCUGCAGGCACCACCCAGCCGAGCAACGCUGGUCACCUCGAAGGACAGGUCCUGCAGAAGCAAGUCAAGGGGCCUGCAGAUGGUGCCAGCAGUCGGCAAAAGCAGGAGCGGCCAGUCACCCGCCGGGGCAACCAGCCAAAGCCUAAAUAG